UGGAUUAUUUUGUUGUAAAGCUAUGAUUUUUUUAAAUAGAAAAACACCCUGCUGAAUGAAAUAUAUAUAUAUAAUUUUUAAGUUUACAAGAUGGUUUUAUGUGUUUGCUCCACAGUACUGUCAAAACAUGACCAGAGGGAAAACAAACUCAAAAGAAAAAGACAGGAGACAGCUGAAAAGGAAAAUUCACCAGCAUCAGUGACUGAUGGAUGGAUGAAGCCCAGCAUGAGCAACCUUUCUGAAAAUGCUGUAGUCAGCGCUACCAGGACACCACCUCCAGAACCACCAAAGAACCAGAAAUCUGCUUUGAGACCUUUAACAACGCAAAACAGCACUGAAGUGCAGAUAAAGCAUCCAGGCAGCCCAGACCUCAUAAACGUGAAACCCAAGGACAAAACAAAAGACUCUGGUAAAGAACAACCACACAAACACAACUCCAGUUCCUCAGUGGCUACAGCCACACCAAGCCCUGAGAAAACUGUGAGCGAAAAUGCCCACGUUCACAACCCCAGAGCACGCACUCUAGGGGUUCUGAAGGUGCGCAGACCUGGAGCAUGUGGUGUAUGGGCUCCAUAUAAAAAACCAUGGACUAAAAGCUUCUGCGAUGCCAAGGUGUCGCAACCACACAAACACAAUUCCAGUUCCUCAGCGGCCACCGCCACAGCAAGCCCUGAGAAAACUGUAAAAGAAAAUGCCCACAUUCACAAACCCGGAGCAUGCGCUCUAGGGGUUGUGAAUAAAACACCGAGCACUGACAAAACAUUCUCCCAAAACCAUAAGCUUGCCACAGCUCCCCCAACUUCUAGUGUUUGGGAAGAGUUUGAUGCUUCCAUCAGAAAAGUGAUGGAUGCUGUAUCCUCGGGGAGUCUAAAAGAACGGCCUUCUAGAAAGACUUGGGAAAAAUAUGAUGCUUUGUUCAGAGCAUUGUUAAAAGACAGGAGGGCUGAAAAGGGUGUCUCUGAGCAGGCAUGACUAGUCGUGGAAAGGGGCCUGGGUAAAAGGGGCACCCCCCAGGGUACACAUCAGCUCAUGUGUAAACAAAAGGGGGGACAGCGCUUGAGGGAUAAACAGAUGGCUGCCAAAAAGUUUCAGGCCAGGGUGGCUGUAAAAAUUUUAAAAAGGGCUAAAGAAGUAAUGAGGAAAAAAAAACAGAAAGAGAUGCCUCCUACUGGAGGCUCUCAGACUGGCUUCUCUGAAAAUGGGGAGAUGGAAUCAGACUCUGGUUUAGCAAAUUCCCCAGAGAGCUCUCUAGACAGGCCCCAUUCUACUUCCAAUGACCCUCAUGGAGGCUUCUCAGAGUUUGACUCCCAAAUAGCAUCUGAUGUAGAAGAUGCUGCUAAUGAUCUUAUAGAGGAACCCCCAAGUAACCCCGAAAAUGCAGAGGUGUAUAUGGAAAGAGUGAGAAGUUGGCA